AUGACAAACAUCAAAUCUUUGCCCCUCGAGCUGAGAAGCAUAAUCUACGAUCACGCCCUUAGUGACGACCACAACAUCAUCACCGACGGUAUCCCAGCACUACUAAAAGUCUGUCUCGAGAUCACAAGAGAGAUAUACUCCAACCGCAAAAUCGUGUCGACUAUUCACAUCACCCACGAAACCACAUGGUCCAAUGUGACAGACUCACCAAAACACCGAUGUCUUGACAUAAUGACAAGAUUCAACCAAAAGGAAAAUGCAAAGGGGCUGUUGAUUCUAUUCAAACCUUUGACACGUGGCACCACAUCGAGGUCUGAUGCUGGCGGAAUACUAGAUCCUUUGCAGAGGAUAGAAGAUGUUUUUGUGGGGAUGAGAGCAGACCUCUGCUGCGUAUCGCUGAGUCUGGCUUGUCAUAACACGCUGGACUCGCCAUUGGAAGUCGAAAUCGAAUCGGGCGACAUGGCAUAUUAA